UUGCGCGUAUCAACAAACAUCAGGGGUAAAAUGAAUGGAAGAGACUUUAGCUAGAUUGUAAAAACAUGAAGUUAAAAUUGGUUACUAAUUGAUUUAACUAAUUACAUCAGGAAAAUCAACAUGACCCACCCCUAAAUUUGAACUUUUUUUGAGGUUGUGUCAUGGCGUUUCCUCUCCCCAGACCUCAGGCUCCUCAGCUUCCCCAGCAUCUGCUCAGGACCGUAGACUGUCAGCAAGGAGCUGUCAGGGCUGUUCGCUUCAAUUCUGAUGGGAACUACUUGCUGUCCUGUGGCAGUGACAAAUCUCUAAAGUUGUGGAGUGUGAGCCGAGGGACCCUGUUGAAGACAUACAGUGGCCACGGAUACGAGGUUCUGGAUGCAGAUAGUUCCUAUGACAACAGCCAGAUCUGCUCCUGCAGCUCGGACAAGACAGUGAUCUUGUGGGACGUCGCCACCGGCCAGGUCACACGAAAGCUCAGAGGUCACGCCGGGAAAGUCAACUGUGUCCAGUUCAAUGAGGAGGCAACUGUCAUCUUGUCUGGUUCCAUAGACGGGACCGUGCGGUGCUGGGACACCAGGUCCCGAAGAUUUGAGCCCAUCCAGGUUCUAGAUGAGGCUCGAGACAGCAUCAGCAGCGUGAAAGUGAUGCAACAUGAGCUGCUUACAGGGUCGGUGGACGGCAGAGUGAGGCGCUACGACCUGAGAAUGGGACAGUUGCAUGUUGACUUCAUCAGCAGUCCCAUCACCUGUGUGUGUUUCAGUCAGGACGGUCAGUGCACACUGAGCUCCAGUCUGGAUUCAACGGUCAGACUGUUGGACAAGAGCACCGGAGAAAUGCUGGGAGAGUAUACAGGACACAAGAUGAAGGGCUAUAAGCUGGACUGCUGCCUGUCCAAUAAAGACACCCACAUCCUGAGCUGCUCAGAGGACGGACACGUCUACUGCUGGGACCUUGUGGAGGGGUCUCUGUCCUUGAAGCUGCCGGUGGGGAAGGCUGUCGUCCAGUCGCUGUCCUUCCACCCCACAGAGACCUGCCUCCUCACAGCCAUGGAGGGGCGUGUCCAGGUGUGGGGGGCAGAGCCAGAGGAGACAGAGGAGGAUGCGAUGGCCACAUAGAGAGGGUGAAAGUAGUAGAAGCGUACUGAGAAGAUUCCUGUUAUUCUAGUAACGAGGCUAUACUGUCAACCUAAAGAAAACCAAAUUAGGAUGCCUGAUGUAGUUAUAUAAAACCUAAUGUGGCAUCUUACUACCACGUUUAGUUUUUCUGUCUGUAAAGACGAGGUUGCUGGUGCUGGAAAAGAAGUGCUGAAAGAAGGAAUAUCAGGAAUCGUAAAGGCUCACGUGGACUACCCAAAUCAAUGAGAUAAUAACUGGAGUGUGUGUAAAUUUAUAAAUAACCAUGCUGGAGAAGUGGUUUUAUUUUAGUCUUGAGGUGAGCUACUUUCAGACAGUGGCCGUCGAAAUAAAGUUAACUCUUCAGCCAGAUUCCCAGUCUGUCCUCAUGGCUGUUAACUUCACAAAAAUGUAAGCGGAAAGCAAAUGCUGUUGAGAUUUUGUUACCAGAUGCUUCACAGAAUACACAAUCUGGAUAUGAAUUCAGCUCAUUAGUGAGUCAUCUCGCCCGCACGCUAUUGGAUUUAUUAAUUUUUGUAUGACAUCAAAAUAUUUUUGUACAAAACCGAAUAAACAUUUUCUUUUAUAAUUAACACCA